UUCGCUCUUGGUUUUGAACGUGACUUCCGUUUCGCUGUGCUGACAGUCUGGCACGUGUUUGACGGGUCUUUCAAUACUUUAACUUUAUUUUCAUGGUUCUUUCGGACAGCAGAUUUCGUGUGGGUGCGGACACAGAGUUGUUGAAGUUGUUAAUCUGAUUUUUCAGUGUUCCUGGGAGGAGAAACGGGUAUUUUUAACUUAUUUUUAUGUUAGCAUAAGUAGCUAGCGGCACGAUCCGUGACUUGUUCCUAAUACAGCGACGUAGACACGCGUUUAAACGCCUGGUAAUUGUUUUYAAAUGCUUUAAAGAAAAGUUAAAUGGAUUACAAGUUCCCGCAGCGGCUGUUUCCUUCUUAUUACAACAACGGACCGCCGUCGGCUUCGGUCCAGAACAGCGAUGAAGCCACAGGAUGGGGCAGUUAUCACGGAGUUUUACCACAGUACAACCCCAGUUCUGUCCCCAAAUGGACGUUUAUGUCCAAACAUCAGGCUGGAGGACAGACCUGGAACCCGACAGAACCUGUGGUGAUCCCACUCCUCUCUCCUAAAAAAGCUUUUCUUUGUAAUCUGACUCCUCCAGAUCCACUGGAAUUCACAGAACAUAUGCAACACUUCUACCUGAACUACGGCCACGAUGCCUUCGGCUGCAUGAGUGACCUCCUGGGAGAACAUUUUUACUUUGGAUARGGGAAAAAACAUAAAGAGAAACAUCGUCGAGGUUCCGUCAACAUGUGGACAAUAAAAAACUUUCUUGAAAAGAUGAAAUAUAAAAUGUGUCACCAGAUGUUCGGCUCCUCCUCCCUCGCCUCGUACUGCGGCCUCCUGUCCGACGUGGUGCCGGACGUCCCGGCGGAGCUGCUGGGCUCUCUGCUGUACGAGGAGCUGACGGAGCAGCGGGACCGCCUCCUGUUCUCAGAGAAGACCACCGGCGGCGCUCUGGCCUUCGUCCCAUUCUCACAGAGCCGGGGCUGCCUGGUCUACCCCGCAGGAGCGGGUCUGGACCGCCUCAACUUCCAGCGGGCGGAGCUGCAGCAGCGCGGCGUGGAGCUGAGGGGCGGAGCUCCUCACAGCUUCCAGCUGAAGGCUCCCAUCAGGCAGAUCAGCCACAGCUCCCUGCUGCAGCACUGUUGCCUCGCCGUGCGCUCAGAUUACCGCUGCGGAGUCUGGAGGCUCAGCGACGCCGACGAGCCCCGCCUGCUGCAGGUGGUCCAAACCAGAGAGGCUGCGAGCUGCGUGAGCGUCAGUCCUCACGUCUUAGGGGAAGUCCUCGUGGCGAGCGAGGGCGGAGCCGUGAGCUUGUGGACCGUCGGCAGAAACCUGCAGAAGGUUCGAGUUGAAGAAACCAACCUGUACUUCAACGCCAAGUCCUCGUGGAGGUGGUGCGAGUUCUCUGCUCAUCCCCGAGUCUUUCUGUUCGCAGACCGGACCGGCGUGGAGCUCACCGACGCCAGGGUGGGCGAGGGUUCUGGCAUCACUCUGUUCAGUAUCAGCAGCAGCUCCGAGUGUCGCAGCGGAGAGAGACUCCUCCAGUCCAGGUACCUAGGCCACGCCCACUCCUUCCAUCACCUGGUCGCCACACAGCACUCCGCCUACAUCCUGGACGAGCGCUUCCCCUGUGUGCCCAUGCUCAAGUGGGACCACAUGAUGAAAGCCCCGCCCCUUUUCAGUCAGGUGGUCCCGGGCUGCGCGGGACCGGACACCGCCGGCGUCCUGCUCGGCUCGCAGAGUUCUCAGGAAGUCACCAUGCUUCAGUACUCAGGAGGACGGGCAGAGCCCUGCUGCAGCCUCGGUCCUCCUCAGGCCCUCCUCAGACCCAGAGACAGUCUCGGACACCUCCCGGUUCAGAUCCCUCACCGUCAGGAAGUCGCCGCCAACCGCCUCYGCUCACCUGCAGCAGGUCUGACCUGCAUCCGGAGGGAAACAGGAAGUGGACGGAGCGGCGAGGAGUGCGUCUGCGUCCUGCAGCUGACGGAGGCCGGAGACGUCUUCUAUCAGGUCCUCCAGCAGGACCACGAGGACCGGCCCGCCUCGGCGCUUCGGCUGCUCGCUUCGGACUCGCAGAGCGACGARGAGGUCAUCGGUCCGACUCAGGCCGCCGCGGUUCCUGAAACUCCAGAGCACCGCCACGUGGACUCUGAUUCGUCUGAGGGUUCUGGGGGGCGGGGCCGGCGCUUCAGACGGACGCAGCUGCAGGUGUUUGUUAACGACGACCCUGACGUAGUCACAGCCGGAGGAAACGAGUCUACAGCAGCCGAGGAAGAGGAGGGUGAAGGAGUCAGACGCUCCUGCAGGAGGAGCUGUGCUCCUGCGGCGCUCAGCAGCAGGACUCUGCUCACCUGGAAGGUGUGGCUGCAGAAACUGAUGAGGCGCAGCGGCCAGGAGAAGCUCGACUCGCAGCUCCUCGUGGUGAAGACCAAAGAGCUGCUGAAGGUUCAGAGAGCGAGAGGAGCCCAGGAGGAGGAGGAGGAGGAGCUGAGGAGGGAGCUCAGGUCCUGCAUGUCGAGUCGCUCGCUGCUGCUCCGCGGCGCCGCCUCAGACCCGGCGCCGCUGCCGAACAGUGUGGACGCAGCGGCAUGGAGAGACCCACUCAGCCAGCGCCUGAGUGCCGCCUGGCGGGGCGAGGAGGCCUGGAGGGCCUGGUGGGACCAGCACCUGGGCCUGGACAGGAAGUCCAAGACGGAGGCUCUGAGGAGGAAGAGGAGGAGGGAGAAGGAGGCGAGGCAGGCGGCCGGGAGGCAGCUGGAGCUGAGCGGCAGCUUCACCUCCUCCGUCAGCUACCAGGCCGAGCUGGACGACUUCUCCAGCUCCGGCUGGUCCUCAGCUGCCAGUCAGGGGGCGUGGUCUGACKUGGACCACGUGUCGGGGGACAACCAGACAAGUUCUCCCAAGAGUCUGGAGUCCUCCACACCGUCUAACAUCCUAAUGGACCCCCUGGUUCCCUCCCUGACCCCCUCCCUGACCCAAUCCCUGACCCCCGCCCUGCAGAAGGAUGUAAAAGACCACCCGGCUCCAUCAACAGAACUUCCUGAGACCUCACAGUCCAGUCUGAGGAGGACCAGACGUCCCCUCGCAGACUUCAUGGACUCUUUGGUCGAACCACAG